CACAGAGACGGGAUUUUAGUUAAACCCUCAAAACUUCAUCAAUUAGGGUUUAGGGUGGGUGGCAAAUUGGCAAUCAUACACAAGGGGAAAUGUGCGGAAUCGCUUUGAUCAUCUGUGGCAUUCGUUUUGAUCUGUCAUCCCUGCUUCUCAAUUCCACAUCUGCACUCUCCAACUCUGACCAACUUCCGUUCGCCAUUGACGACCUCAGAGAAGCUUUGCGGAGGAGGGGUCCCGAUAGCUUAGGCAGCACGAAGCUUCUUCUCCGUUCAGCCGUUUCGAAUCGUCUCCCGGUGCGAGAAAUUGUGUCUUCCAUUGAGGGGGAAGUAAAGGAGUCUGGUUGCGAAGGCGAUGAAGGCAAUUGUUUCUCUUUGGCAAAUGGUCGAACACAUCUGCAUACACAUUUCAGCACCGUUCCCUGUUCGUCUGCUGAGUUGCACUUCCUGGGUGCCACUUUGCAGCUCAGGGGAGUAAGCUCUGUGGUUCAGCCAUUGAUAGAUUCGGAUAAGAAUAUCCUUGUUUAUAAUGGUGAAAUCUUUGGGGGCAUAGACAUUCGUAGAGAUGAGAACGAUGGCGAAGUUCUUCUGCAGUUGCUGGGAGAGUGCUGUUCGAUUUCUGUUCCAGAUGUUCUUUCUAAGAUCAAAGGGCCUUGGGCUAUCAUCUAUUGGCAGGAAAGUUCAAAAACUCUGUGGUUUGCUCGAGAUGCAUUUGGUCGGCGGAGUCUUCUUGUUCACUGGCCAACACUGGAGGACUCUCAGUUUCUGCUGUCGUCUGUAUCACCUUUUUCUUCAAAUGAGCGUUCUUUUGAUUUUGAAGUUGAAAAUGGAACUACGAAGCUGAAUUUUUGGGAAGAGCUCCGAUGUGGAAUAUACAGUAUAUCUAUGAAUGCUCCAGGUCUUGAUGGGAUUUUGGUUGGUGAAGUGCAAAAACAUGAGUGGACAAAUGGUGUACUAGAAGAACUGAUAAAAUGGGAGAGAACUUCUGUCGAACCUAAACCUGAAGACUUACAUAUUUCCCGUUCCAAGACUCUGACAGGGAAAUGUGAUAUGCAGUCAGAUCUAUACAAGCUUCAAUUUCUGUGCCAGCACAGGCCGGUACUGAUUGCUUUAAGGGAAUCUGUUAGGCGACGCUCUUCACUGCACACAAUUUUUCAGGCAGGUAGACAUGAUAUGGAAAAGGAAUUUGUACCUGUGGCAGUUCUUUUUUCUGGUGGAUUGGAUUCUAUGAUAAUUGCAGCCUUGUUACAUGAGUGCCUUGAUCUGAGCUAUGAUAUUGAUCUACUUAAUGUGAGCUUUGAUGGUCGGUCUGCUCCUGACAGAAUCUCUGCCAGGGCAGGAGUAUGCGAACUGAGAAGAAUUGCACCUUCAAGAAAGUGGAAGCUUGUGGAGAUCGAUGCUGAAUUGUCAACAUUGACCUUUGAAACAAAGCAUGUCAUGUCGCUCAUAAAUCCUGCUAACACCUACAUGGUACUCAAUUUCAUUCUAUGCUUGUGGCUUGCUGCUGGUGGUGAUGGAUGGGUAUAUGAGGAAAAUACCGAUUAUAAUGAUGAGGAUUGUCAAUGCAUCAAGUACAAGUCCAAGGCUAGGAUUCUUCUUGUUGGUUCAGGUGCAGAUGAGCAAUGCGCUGGCUAUGGUAGGCACAGAACGAAAUAUAGAAAUGGCAGCUGGCGUGCACUAAACGAUGAAAUGAAAUUGGACAUGCAGAGAAUUUGGAAAAGAAACCUUGGGAGAGAUGAUAGGGGCAUUGCUGACAAUGGCAAGGAGGCAAGGUUUCCGUUCCUGGAUGAAGAUGUUAUAAGAAUUUUGCUUGGGUUUCCUCUCUGGGAGGUUGCCAACCUUGAUCAACCGAGCGGGAUAGGAGAUAAGAAGAUUCUGAGAGGGGUCGCAGAAUUGCUUGGUUUGUAUGAAGCUGCUUCUCUGCCUAAAAGAGCUAUACAGUUUGGUUCAAGAAUUGCAAGGGAAUCAAACCGAAAGAAUUACGGAAGUAACCGUGCAGCAAAUCAAGCAUCUGCAGGAAGUGCAGUGAUUCACAAACGGUUGGACUGACAUGGCUUAAGUGGGAUUCUUUGAUGCAGCGUAGAUGCGUACAUGUUUAUGAUUGAAUUGGAAAUGGAAGAUCUUGGAAGAGUCGGGAACAACGUUGUUUUAUGCACAUUCGCAUGCAUGUCUCUCCGUUUCUUUGGCGCUUAAUCGCUUAUUAAUUUGUAUUAACUUGGCCUUGGGAAUAAUUUGACCUUCUUUUAUUGAUCUGGUGUCUCGUUAUGUAUCAGUUUUUGUGCGGAAAGAACCUGUUUGGAACCAUGGAACUAAUCAAACGGUAGCACUUGGUGUUUCGUUAGA